AUGGCUCAACAACAUCUACCAAAUGAAGUAUCUACAUUGAAACCAGUCACUACUACUACUACGACAUCAUCAUGUCCAUUUCUUAUAACUGAUUGUGAUGAUGAUGAUUCAGGUUCGAAUACAGCCGCAGUAACUAGUAGUAGUUCUACUGGAGGUACACCAACAAAAAGACGAUUUGGUUAUUCACGUCAAGAGAAAAGUCUAGGAACUUUAACACGUCGUUUUAUGUCACUUUUAAGACAAUCGAAAACUGGGAUUAUGGACUUAAAACAUGUUGCAGAUUCUCUUGCUACAAAACAAAAACGACGAAUAUAUGAUAUUACAAAUGUAUUAGAAGGUAUUGGUCUUAUUGAAAAACAAUCGAAGAAUACUAUUAAAUGGAAAGGUGCUAUAUCUGGUGAUAAUACAGUCGAAGCAUAUGAACGUCUUCAUCGAGCUCAAGCUCAGUUGCAAGAACUUGAAGAUGAAUCAACAUUUUGGAGUGAAAAACUUCGUUUAAUUGAACGUAGUAUUGCAAAUACAUUGGAUGAUAUAACUUUAAAAGAUGUUCUUUAUUUGACAAAAGAUGAUCUAUGUCAAGUUAUGGAUGAUGAAGUCAUUGUUAUUGCUGAAGGAAUCAAUGGUACAGUGAUGAAAAUAAAUGAAAUACAAAAUGAUGAUAAAAUGUCUCAUCAAUUUCACUUACAAACUCGUCAUUAUCCUGUUAAUUUAAAAUUAUUAAAUCGUAAUACAACUCCAUUAUCAAAUACUACCGAUGAACAAUUAGCUUCUACGGAACCAUUUAUUUCAUUGGGUGAAAUGGCUCAGUCAGAUGAUUAUCAUUUUGUAAUGGAUGAUUCUGAAGAUGUAUGUGAUUUGUAUGAUAAUGAAGAUGUUUCUACAAUGCCAUAA